AUGAAUUCACAAGAACAAAUUAAAGAGGAAAAAGCUUUAAGAUUAAGGGAAGAAGCUUUAAUAAUUGAAAAUAGUGAGUUAUAUAAAUGGAAAAGUGACUUACUUGUUCCAGGUCAAAAACUCAUUGCAACGCAUAAAGACUUGUUGAUUCCAAUAUUAUUAAUUCAACAAAAUGGUUUAGGGUUAUUAGCGAGGGUUAAGUGA